GUUGAAUGGUCGUCUCGCAUUUGUGAAGAGCUUCCAGCAAUCACAAUAGUACUGCUCCCUUGCUCGAAAGAGUGGAGUGAGAUUUGGCUAAUUAGUAAAUAGUCUUAGAAGAUGAGGACUACUUAUCUUCCGUUAUUAGUGUUUGGUCUAGCAGUGUUGUGUGUCGUUGGGGUUUGUCAAGCAGGAGGCCUGAGAAAGAAUUUCUACAAGACUAGCUGCCCUCAUGCAGAGGAGAUUGUUAAGAAUGUUGUCUGGAAACGAGUCGCCAGCGAUUCUGGGUUGCCUGCUGCUCUUGUUAGGAUGCAUUUUCACGAUUGCUUUGUUAGGGGUUGUGAUGCCUCGGUGUUACUGAACUCUACCAAAAACAACAAAGCUGAGAAAGAUGCGCCUCCCAACUUAACUUUGGAUGGCUUCGCUGUGAUCGACGAGGUGAAGACUGCAGUCGAGAAAGCUUGCCCAGGAGUUGUUUCUUGUUCUGAUAUCAUUGCUCUGGCUGCUAGAGACUCCGUUGCCUUCCAAUUCAAGAAGCCAAUGUGGGAGGUGCUUACCGGUAGAAGAGACGGCACGGUGUCCCGGGCCUCCGAGGCAGUCUCCAACAUCCCUCCACCCACCUUCAACUUUGCAUCUCUGAAGCAAAACUUUGCUAAGAAAGGACUCACUGUUCAUGACCUUGUGGUAUUAUCAGGCGCACAUACAAUCGGACAAGCACACUGCAACUCCUUCAGCAAGAGGCUGUACAACUUCAGUGGGAAGGGAGAUGCAGAUCCAUCUCUAGACCCAAAAUAUGCAGCUUUCCUGAGAACCAAAUGUCGAAGCCUCUCAGACAACACAACUCAAGUAUUCAUGGAUCCCAACAGUGGUGUCUCGUUUGAUAGCCAUUACUAUGCUGUUGUGAAGCAACACAAAGGCCUGUUUCAAUCUGACGCUGCCCUCCUGACCAACAAGAUCUCCAGCAAGAUUGUGACGGAGCUGCUGAACCAGAACACUUUCUUCACGGAGUUCGCCCAGUCAAUGAAGAAGAUGGGCGCCAUUGAAGUUCUUACUGGGAGUUCUGGACAGGUUAGAAAGAAGUGUGCGGUUGUGAACCCUUAAAAUUUUGUUUAUCCUUCCUUGAGCUGGUGGAGUAAAAGGUGUUUUCCCAACAUGUGUUCGUGACUGUUUGUUUCUUUUCCUUUUUUCAAUUUCUCCUUGGCCAAGUGUCGAUUUGGAGGAAAAGUCAAUGUUUAAUUUAUUGUAUUUCCU